CCUAUCCCCGCAUCACUCACCCAUCUUUCUGACAAGUCGCCCCUGCGGUACACCUACAACCCGCUCUCGCCUCGGCAUAUCAACGCACGCACACACGCAUAUACGCCCACAAGGACGUCCACAACUAACGACCAGGCCCGGCACAAACACAGACGCGAUGCGGAACUCACUAGAGCACUGGAAGCACGUACCAACGAUCGCGGAGACGCUAUUCGCGAUCGACGUCCCGUAUCGCCCGCCGAAGAACGCAGUCGGGGCGUUCCUUUGGCGGUGGCGCUUCUGGCUUGAGACGACCUGGGGGCUAUCUCUGCUCGAGCCCUGGGAGAAGAUCCUCGUAUUGGCGUUCUUCUACCUGCUCCUGGUAUUUGUGUUCACCGGGGUGUACAAGAUUAUGCCUCAAGAGCUCCCGUUGCUGCACGGCCGCCUUCUCUACUACCUCGGCAGCGAGGAGACGAUCGGCGCGGGCAUCCACGCGCGUCACCUCGUCGACUGGGCGCGUCACAACAUUUCCGUUUGGCACCUUUGAACGCGCGGCCAUAUCCUACCCGCAACGCAACUCACGUCGUAUUAGAGGGCAGGAUCGGCGGAUCGAACAUCAGGCGGCCGCAUGGAGCUGGAAUAUGUAAAGUCACGAGUUGUAUUACUAGAUUGGGAUUGAACGUACAUUAUAGGCCACUCUAAUAUUCAGUUGUUAUAACCAGUGACGUACGGUAUGGUUUAUGGUCGAUCUUGA